AUGAUCAAUCAGAGUAGAACAAAUACUGGAAUCAGAGGUACUAAAGGCUAUGUUGCGCCCGAAUGGUUUCGAAACACUCCGAUCACAGUGAAGGUUGAUGUGUACAGCUUUGGGGUGUUGUUAAUGGAGAUAAUUUCAUGUAGGAGAAGCUUGGAAGGAGUGGAGGCGGGUGGUGAUGGAGGGAGAGAGAUUUUGACUGAUUGGGUUUGGGACUGCUUUCAGGAAGGAACAUUGGAGGAUUUGGUUCAGGAUGAUAUUGAGGCUUUGGAUGAUGUGAAGAAGCUUGAGAAGUUUGUGAUGGUUGGCAUUUGGUGUAUUCAAGAAGAUCCAUCUCUAAGGCCAAAUAUGGGGAAGGUUAGCCAAAUGCUUGAAGGUGUU